AUGCCUGUGAAUGCCGUAAAUCGAAUUAUUGCACAGAUGACAAGUGAUGGUUCAUUUAAUCGAGUUUUUCAAGGAAUUCAAGCUGUUUCACUGACGGAUAAAUGCUUAACGUGUAGGUUCAAAGUAGGCAAAACUGAAGCUAAUUCAUUGAGCACUUUACAUGGUGGAUUCAUUCUCGGAGCUGUUGAUUUUAUAUCUACAAUCGAUUUGAUGAGGUUAGGUUUUAUGAAACAUGUACUUAAACUGUAGAGAAAUAUUAGGCUACACCUAACAACCUUUUUGAGUCGACUAUACCAACCAACAACAGAAUUACACUUUAAUUACAACAUUGUAUGAACUCAGACGAAAUUACUGAUGUAUAUGAAGCCAUUUUUUACAGAAUGAGAAUAAAGUUUAUCAAAUUAAUCCUGAAUAAAUAAAUCUACUGAAGAGUAACACAGAUCGAUGAAAUAGAGAGAAUGAUGAUUUCGAUUUCAUGCAGCUGAAUCAAUAGUCGGUCUAACCUAUUCAGUAUAAUUUGACAGUAUUGUGGAUUGGUUACUUUGUAUACCACAGCAAGUAAUCAAAUUUGUUGUAGUGUGAAAUUAUGAAACUCUUUAGUUGCUUAGAUAGAAAUAG